CCUCGGCGAGAUAACCUAAUUGAUCCAGAGAAGAAAAGGGAAUGCGAGUCUCUGUCUCUGACUCCGCAGUUUACCAGGCGCACGCCAAGUCACCGGGGCUUGACUAUGGAUUUGAAAAUUUGGGACGUUAUUGUUGUUGGCGCCGGGCUAUCUGGACUGAGUGCAGCUCAUUUGCUCAGAAAGAAGGAGGCCAACUUAGAGAUACUGAUACUGGAGGGAAAAGAUCGAGUGGGAGGUCGCACGCUGACCAUGGACCUUCCUGCAGCCAAUGGCGUUGAUCGCUGGGACCUUGGAGGCCAGUGGGUCGGAAGCACCCAAACUCACCUCCUGGAGCUCAUGAAGGAGCUGGGCUUAGAGACCUACCCGCAGUUCAACACUGGCAGGAAGGUGCACCACAUGGGAGGACCAGGCGGCAAAAUCCGCACCUACAAGACCAGCAUCCCGGCUCUGUCCCCAAUCGUGCUACUGGAUUUCACCCAGUUGUUUAGGAAGAUUGACAAAUUGUGUGCGACAGUGUGCGUUGAGGAUCCAUCGAAGACCCCCAACGCCGUGGAGCUGGACAGUAUGACCGUGCACUCCUACUUUGAGAAACACGGUUGGACUGCAGAGCUAAAGGAGGAGAUGGGAGUGAGCUGCCGCUCUGUGUUUGGGAUGGAGCCGUCCCAGAUGUCUUUCUUGUUCUUCCUCAUGUACGCGGCAGCGGCUGGAGGGCUGCUGCCGCUCCUCGAGAGCACGGCAGGAGCUGCUCAGGAGUUCAAAAUAAAGGGGGGCACCCAGCAGCUUUCCGAGCGCCUGGCGGAGCGCGUGGGGCUGGAGGCCGUGCGGCUGGGUUCGGCGGUGACGGCCAUAUGGCAGGAAGCUGAGUCGGCCCGGGUGACGACCGCCGACGCCUCCUUCUCGUGCAGAGCUGUGAUCGUCACCGCCCCCCCCCACUUGGCAGCAAAGAUCCAGUACCAUCCAGCCCUGCCCAGCCAGAGAGAGUUCCUCACCCAGAACAUGCCUAUGGGCCACCUGAUCAAAUUCAUUAUCACCUACCAGACGGCGUUUUGGAGAGAGAAGGGCUUCUCUGGAGAAAUAGUCACAGGAUCCUCCACCGAGUGUCCGUUCUGCGUUACCUUCGACGCCACCAGCCCCGGGGGGAACGCUGCUCUGGUGGGCUUCAUCGCCGGCCAGCAGGCGUCUCAGUGGAACUCCAAAGAGGCUGGAGAGAGAAGGGAAGCUGUGGUUUCCAGUCUGGUCAGAUACCUGGGACCCGAGGCUGCGUCUUUCAUCCACUAUGAAGAAAAAGACUGGGCCGAGGAGGCCUACAGCGGCGGCUGCCCCGUUAACGUCAUGGCACCGGGUCUGCUGACAUAUUACCACCCGAGCCUGAGGAAGCCCUGUGGCAGGAUCCACUGGGCCGGCACGGAAACAGCCACCCAGUGGUGCGGGUACAUGAGUGGCGCGGUGCAGUCCGGGCAGCGAGCCGCUCUGGAGGUGCUGUCUGACCUUUGCCCUUAAAGCCCGACCCCGGACGAGUAGCAACACAUUCAAAACUGUCCUGCAGAGGAAACACCAUCAUCCAGUCUCACCUGAUGCACCUGUCUGGGAGAAGAUCGGCUUUCUCUCUCUGCUGUUCUCUCGCUGCCUCAGUGUCAAAAUGCACUUGAUGUAUUUUCAACAUCAAAUUGUAACAUGUUCCUUUUGUAAAAGAAUUCAUGUCAUGUGAUCGUUUUGGAUUGAGACGGAUUUAGCUGCGUUGCUCUAGCUGAGUAAAGAUGGCUUUGCAGAUUACGGAUUUAAAUGCUUAUUAAUUAAUGUCAUUUUAUAACAGUAAAUGUGUUAUAGCUGAACAAAUUGAAGUAUAUAUUAAAGCUGAAUGUGCAGAUUAGAUUCUAUGUGAUCUUUAUUCAUUAAUCUGUUCAAUCGUACAAUUUGUGUUUAUAAAACUAGAAUAAAACCGGAUGAAGUCAGUGAUUUAAAAUAA